CGGAAGUAUGGUGGCUACUUUCACUUUCGUUUUGUUGACUACCUAUGUUGCACCUUUUCUUGGUUUUUACUGAUAUCAGUUGAAUAACAAUGUCUGAAGAAAAAAAAAAGAAAACAGUACUUGUAACAGGAUUUGGACCAUUUGGAGUGCACACAGUAAAUGCCAGUUGGGUGGCAGUUCAGGAAUUAGCCAAAAAAUCUAUUCCUGGUGUUAUUAUAGUAAUACGGGAAAUUCCUGUUGUAUAUGAAACAGUUAAGAAACAAGUUCCACAACUCUGGAAUGAUGUCAAUCCACAGCUUGUUAUCCAUGUGGGUGUUUCUAAAGAAGCCAAUGCUAUAACACUGGAACAACAGGCUCACAAUGAUGGUUAUAAAAGACUGGAUGUCCUUAAAACUUGUCCUUCAAAUAAUUGUUGUGUGGAAGGAGCUGAUGAAUGUUUAGUGUCCAGUAUAGAUAUGGAAAAAGUUUGCAGUGAUGUGAAUGGUUCAGGGUUAAAGGUCAAAGCAGUUGUAUCACAUGAUCCUGGAAGAUAUUUAUGUGAUUUUUCCUACUUUGUAUCUCUUCAUAUAGACAGAUCCAAAUCAGCAUUUAUACAUGUUCCGCCUCUGGGAAAACCAUAUACUGAACUAGAAUUGGCAGAUGGAUUAGAACAAGUUAUACUGAGCAUGCUCGGUCAAAUUUGAUGUAGAUUUCAUAUUACUUUAGAUUAUUUGAACCUAUGAAAUAUAAAUGUAUUUUGAUUCAUGCCAGUAUUUUUACUCCGAAGAGAAUGAAUGAUAAAGCUGCCCUUUUAGACUCUGAUUUUGAAUAUUCAAAAAGUACUAUAUAUUAUUUAUCUUUGAAAUAAACUUUUUUUUACAUUCACAAGACAUUGGUAGCCUGUCAGAUAUUAGUAUUUGUAAUUUUAAUUUUGUUUUACAUUAUGUUUAGGGCUUCAAAUUUGUAGCGUUCUAAUGCAAUACAAUGUACUAAUAAAACUGCCGGUCUUCAAUAGACAGGUGUCUAUACAAUAUGCCAAGUUCAAUAGACAGGUGUCUAUACAAUAUUCCAAGUUCAAUAGACAGGUGUCUAUACAAUAUGCUAAGUUCAAUAGACAGGUGUCUAUACAAUAUGCCAAGUUCAAUAGAUAGGUGUCUAUACAAUAUGCCAAGUUCUAAACAAUCCUGAAUAUACAUUUGCACAGGUUUGGGAAUUAGUGGACAUUACAUUUGGGCUAAAAAAAACUUUCUACCACCGUAAUUUCUGGGAUCUCUGCUAUAUAAAACCAUCUGAUGAGUGGCAGGAACGAAACAGCUUAAUUGUUAAUCUGGGCUUAUGUUAUGUAAUGAUAUUUCUUGCGCAAAUGUAACAAUUUUUCGUGCAAAUGUAAUGCAAAUCCAAGCAUAUGUAAUGCACCCACUAUUGACACCCAAUCCUCCAAAUAAUGAAAAAAUUCGUAAGGGUUCCACGGAACCCAGUGUCUCGCCUACUUUUGCUGUUAAUCGCAGGCUCAACAAAAAUGAGGAAAAAAAUUAAUAAAAAUAUUCCUCUCUAUACUAUCUUUUGAUUGUAAGUGGCUUCUGUCCAAGUUUGGUAAAAAUCCAGGAUAGUUUAUGAAUCUAAUAAAUAUUUUAUUUCAAGGCUCCAUGUUGAAGACCGUACUUUGACCUAUAAUGGUUUACUUUUAUAAAUUUUGACUUGGAUGGAGAGUUGUCUCAUUGGCACUCAUACCACAUCUUCUUAUAUCUAUUUAAAAACUUAAACUGCAGACUGUAUGUAAUGCUAACUGGAAGAAAAACUAAGUCCAUUUAUAAGUAAAAUACCGAAAAAAAGGACCAAAAUUUUUUAACAAAAUUUCCUUCUAGAUACUAGCUUUUAAUCAUAAACAAGCUUCUGUCCAAGUUUGGUACAAAUCCAGGAUAGUUUAAGAAAGUUAUUAAAAUUUGAAAAACUUUAACCACAGAGUGAAUGUAAUGUUAACUGGCAGAAAAACUAAGUCCAUUUAUAAGUAAAAUACAGAAAAAAUGGAUUUUUUUUUUUUUUAAAUUUACUUUUGAAUAUUAUCUUAUGAUCAUAAACAAGCUUCUGUCCAAGUUUGGUAGAAAUCCAGGAUAGUUUAAGAAAGUUAUUAAAAAUUCAAAAACUUUAACCAGAGUGAAUAUUUGUGGACGAUGACGACAGAAUGUAGGAUCGCUAUGUCUCGCUUUUUCAACAAAAGUCGAAGGCUCGACAAAAAUGAAGAUAUGACAUUCAACACUUACUUGCCUCCUUCUUUGGAUUUAUUUGAUACAAAUUGUUCCUUUUGAUUUAUAAGAUCAGGAUUUUCAUUUCUGUUUAUAUAAGUAAACAUUGGGGUCCAAAUCUUUGUUGUUUUGCAAGUACAGAAUUCAGAUUUUAAAGCUGUAUUUGAUAUAUACAUGUAUUAACUAAAUUGCCAUACUAUUUUGUUCUAACUGUACUUUAUAUAGAGUACAAAAGUACCAAGGAUUAUGGGAUAUUCAUGCCCCUAAACUGAGAUUCCUUUGAAUAUUUAUAAUUAUUAUAGCAAAUAUUUUUUAUAUGGUUACAACCACAUCUGUUAUGGUCAGUAUCAUGAUAAAUCAAAUAAAGUUGUGAGGUUCA